GGGUGGAAAGGGAGCCAAAGAAGAAGAGGGAAGGUCUCAUUUGAGAAAGGGGACAUUUAACCAAAUGGUGGGCAUAUGACAGGCAAGUUUGCUUCAUAACAGAAAAAAAAUGGCCAUGUAGCACCUGUAAGAAGCAUUCUUGGCAAGGCAUAAUGUGGCGACAAAAGCAGGACCAAACCUUCUGGGGAUUGAUCCUCCUGAACCACCUGCUAUGGCAUGCAGCUGAGACCAAGUGUGGAAAUAAUAACUAUGUGAUCAACGUUAUGAUACUGAAUGACUCUGACUUGCCAGUGGCCUCAGAGAAUAUAGAACCAGCUGUAGAACUGGGCUUGGAACUGGUAAAAGCCUCCUUGAACGCCAACAAUCUGACUGCCAAGGUCAGUGCCACAUACAAUGGUUUCAACACAUCUCUUUAUGUCUCACAAGGCUGUCGCACUAGCACUUGUGAAGGUGUGGAAGUCAUCAGGAAUCUUUUUACAACUAAUAAGCUUGGAUGUACUGUCCUGGGUCCCGCAUGUACUUAUGCCACAUACCAGAUGGUCUCGGUAGAGACCGUGAUGGGUCUCCCUCUGAUUUCUGCUGGGAGUUUUGGGUUGUCUUGUGACUUUAAAGAAAACCUGUCCAGGAUGCUGACACCAGCCAGGAAAUUGAGUUACUUCUUGGUGGAUUUCUGGAGAUAUUCUAGAUUGCCAUUCAAAAACACACAUUGGGACUCGUCUUACAUCUAUAAGAAGAAUAACAAUACAGAAGACUGCUUUUGGUAUAUGAAUGCCCUAGAGGCUCCAGUUACAUACUUCUCAAACAGAAUGAAAUUCAAGGAGAUCCUGAGGAGCCCAGAACAAUUGCUGAAUAUUGUGAGGAAUCCAAAUAGGAAAAGUAAUGUGAUCAUUGUAUGUGGUACCCCAAAUGAUAUCUACACAGCCCUAGGAAAUGAAAAGGUGGAUGAGGAUAUAGUCUUUAUCCUGAUAGAUCUUCACGGCAAUAUGUACUAUGAAAAUGCCAUCUCAUAUGAAUAUAUGCGACAUGUCCUUGUUGUGACUCUGACUCCAUCGAACUACAGCUCUGUUUCAAAUUAUACCGGGUUUCCUGUGGAUCUUGAAAAACUCUACUUGUUACAAGAUGACUUCAUUGUUGGGUACCUAGAUGCUGUCUUGCUCUUUGGUCAUGCCUUGAAAAAACUUCUCUUUGAUAAACAAGAAAUUGAACCUCCUAUGUUCAUUGAACACUUUCGGAAUGUCACUUUUCAAGGUAUUCUUGGUCCUGUAACCCUGGACGAAUUUGGGGACAUUGAUGUUACUUUUACCAUGCUGUACACAUCAGCAGACAAUAUACCGGAAUUUAGGACCCUCCUGCAAUAUGACACACAUCUCAACAAGACAAUAUGGACGGCAGAGAAGCCACACUUUAUCUGGGAAAAAAACAUGCUGCCUAAUGAUACACCUAGCACUGGCCCACACAUUCUGACUAUAGCUGUUUUCACCCUCACUGGGACAGUGGUACUGGUUCUGAUCAUCGCUCUGCUGGUGCUGAGGAAGUACCGACGAGCUAAUGAACUCCGACAGAAAAGAUGGUCUCAUAUCCCACCUGAAAAGAUACUGCCUUUGGAGACCAACGAGACAAAUCACAUCAGUCUGAAGAUUGAUGAUGACAAAAGGCGUAACACUGCCCAGAGGCUGCGUCAAGGCAAAUAUGACAAGAAGGUGGUCAUCUUGAAGGAUUUCAAAUCUAGUGAUGGGAAUUUUUCAGAAAGACAGAAAAUUGAUCUAAACAAGCUUCUUCAGAUUGACUAUUACAACCUUACUAAGUUCUACGGAACAGUCAAGAUGGAUACUAUGAUCUACGGAGUAAUUGAGUACUGUGAGAGAGGGUCACUGCGGGAUGUUUUAAAUGAUAAAAUUUCCUACCCUGAUGGCACCUUCAUGGACUGGGAAUUUAAGAUUUCUGUCAUGUAUGAUAUUGCCAAGGGAAUGUCCUACCUACAUUCAAGCAAAACAGAAGUCCAUGGGCGUCUAAAAUCUACCAAUUGUGUUGUGGACAACCGCAUGGUAGUAAAGAUCACUGAUUUUGGUUGCAUUUCUAUUCUGCCACCAAAGAAAGAUCUCUGGACUGCUCCUGAACACCUUCGCCAUGGUGGUGUAUCUCAGAAAGGUGAUGUCUACAGCUAUGGCAUUGUAGCACAAGAGAUAAUCCUGCGUAGAGAGACCUUCUACACUAACAAUUGUCGGGACCAUAAAGAGAAACUUUACAGAGUAGAAAGCAGCAAAGGAACCCGACCAUUCCGGCCAGAUCUCUUAUUGGAGGAGACAGAGGGAGAGAAAGAACAAGAAGUAUCUCUUCUUGUGAGGAGCUGUUGGGAAGAAGAUCCAGAGAAAAGACCAGAUUUUAAGAAAAUAGAAACGACUCUGGCAAAGAUAUUUUGCAACUACCAUAGCCAAACUAAUGAAAGCUACAUGGAUACCUUAAUCCGACGUCUGCAGAUGUAUUCACGGAACCUGGAGCACUUAGUAGAAGAGAGGACGAAGCUGUACAAAGCUGAACGUGACAGAGCGGACAAGCUUAAUUUCAUGCUUCUCCCAGGGCCUGUGGUAAAGUCCUUGAAAGAAACUGGGUUAGUAGAACCAGAAUUUUUUGAAGAAGUCACCAUCUACUUCAGUGACAUUGUGGGCUUCACAACCAUCUGUAAAUACAGCACCCCUAUGGAAGUUGUGGACAUGCUAAAUGAUAUGUACAAGAACUUUGAUCAUAUUCUUGACCAUCAUGAUGUCUACAAGGUGGAGACCAUCGGAGAUGCAUACAUGGUAGUGAGUGGUUUACCAAAGAGGAAUGGCAACUGUCACGCAGUGGACAUUUCCAUGAUGGCACUGGAUAUACUCAGCUUCAUUGGCUCCUUUGAACUCCAACAUCUUCCAGGCCUUCCUAUAUGGAUUCGAAUAGGAAUUCACUCUGGUCCAUGUGCUGCUGGUGUAGUUGGGAUUAAAAUGCCUCGUUACUGCUUGUUUGGAGAUACAGUGAACACAGCUUCAAGAAUGGAGUCUACAGGUUUACCUCUAAGAAUUCAUGUAAGUGGUUCCACCAUUGCUAUCCUCAAGAGGACAGACUGCCAAUUCCACUAUGAAGAGCGAGGAGAAACAUAUCUGAAGGGCAAAGGAACUGAGAUUACUUACUGGUUGACAGGAGUUAAGGACCGGCAAUAUAAUCUUCCAACACCUCCUUCUGUGGAGAAUCAGCAACGUUUGCAAGUUGAUUUUGCAGAGAUGAUAACAGAGUCACUAAAGAAGAGGGAAACUGAAGAAUUCCAUGUGCGAGAGAUUUCACACAUAGCUAGUUAUCGCAGAGGCACUCUGGAAUAUUUGCAACUGGUUACUACAGAAAGCCCCAGCACCUACCUGUGAAACAGGAUAAACAGCAAGAUUCAAGAAUCCUAAAAUACUACAUCUAAAUAUAAGAUAGAUAUUUCAUACAUAUAUCACAUAUUUGCAGUAUUGGGCAGAGCUCAGGUUGGUUGGCUAAGGAGAGAAAUUUGACCCUCCUUUCAAAUAUUGCUUAAAGUUAAUAAUUUACAGAAAGGAUAUUCCUUCUGUCACAAGGCAAACUCAAAUAGCCCAAUACAAACGUGCAUCUUGACUAACUGGAAACUUCACAGUGAACUAAUUGCUGGAAUGGGGGCACAAAGUAACUCCCAUCACAUCCAGUUUGUUGUUCGUGGGACAAAACAGGAAGAUAUGAUGAGACCAAUGGAGUCGUCUUCAUGAUGUGGGAGUUUUGUAGUUUUCUGCCCUACUUUAAAGCAUUGUAGUUGAGAAAUGCUGUGCCAAUCCCUUGCUUGCAAUGGCCUCCACAUUGCAAUGGAUAGCCAUAGCUAGAGGGAGAUCUGAUGCAGCUUAGAGGUAUGUGCAGACUGCUUCCCACAGAAGCCAUUUUGACCCUAUAAAAAGUAUUUCAAUAAAUGAGAAGGAACAUAAGCAAGCACUGAGUGUACAGUAGUUUGAAACUUUUUCUAUCUGAGGUUAUUUGCCCAUAUUAUUAUACUUCUUAAAGUUAAAACCAUAUAUGUCUUUAACUGAGCCUCUAAUCUUUAGGUAAUUUCUUUCUCUUUUUUAAUCAC